AUGGCGGACAAGGAAGCAACAGUGUACAUUGUCGACCUCGGCGAGUCGAUGGCCGACUGUCAUAACGGCCGCGACGAAUCGGAUCUUGAUUUCGGUAUGCGUUAUGUCUGGGACAAGAUCUCCACCACCGUCGCCGCCAGCCGCAAGACCUGGACCCUGGGGGUCGUGGGUCUCAACACUGAGGAAACCAACAAUGCGCAGGAUAGCGAAGGCCUCGAGGGCUACGAACACAUCUCAGUCCUUCAGGACAUCGGUCCUAUGACCAUGACUCAGCUGAGGGAACUGCGCUCCUCGAUACAAACUUCGCACACCUACGGCGGAGAUGCGAUAUCGGGCAUUGUAGUCGCCCUUGCCAUGAUCGAGCUGUUCACCAAGAAGUUAAAGUACAACCGGCGGAUUAUCCUGGUCACGAACGGAGAGUCGCCAAUCGAUGAUGAGUCGUCCGAGGAUGUAGCCAACCGGCUUAACUACUCGAACAUCGAGUUGAUUGUGAUUGGCGUUGAUUUCGACGAUGCGGACUACGGCUUCAAGGAAGAGGACAAGUCCAAGGGCAAGGCCAGGAAUGAGAAGACCCUCCGAAAGCUGGUGGAGCAGUGCAACAAUGGCGUGUUUGGAACCAUGCAGCAGGCUGUUGAGGAGCUGGCCAUUCCCCGGAUCAAGCCCGUGAGGCCCUUCAAGGCGUACGACGGCGCACUUACACUCGGAGACCCCGAAAAAUACAAGAGCGCCUUGAGCAUUCACGUCGAGCGCUAUUUCAAGACUAAGCGUGCGCCAGCGCCGCCGGCGAGCACCGUGGUUGUCAACUCCGAGCCGGGCGGAGCAUCCCAAUCCGAAACCCUCAACGAAGAUACUGAGAUGGGUGAUGCCGAAUUCUCCGGCGUCAAACACAUGCGCACCUACAGGGUCAACGAUCCGGAUGCCCCGGGUGGAAAGCGGGACGUGGAGUUUGAAGAUCUUGCAAAAGGGUACCAGUACGGCCGGACCGUUGUGCCCUUUAGCGAAUCCGAUUUCUCCAUCACCAAGCUAGAGACCAAGAAGUCAUUUACCAUCCUUGGAUUCAUCCCCUUCAGCAGUUACAACCCCUUCCUCAAUCUUGGCGAAACGGGUAUUGUCGUCGCCCAAAAGCACAACGAGGAGGCAGAACUUGGGCUCUCUGCCCUCAUCCACGCCCUUCACGAGCUCGAGUCAUAUGCUGUGGCGAGAUACGUGCAAAAAGACGGCGCGCAACCACAACUCGUCCUACUCAAGCCGAACCCCGCCAUCGAAGACGACUUUGAGUGCCUAUACGACGUACCACUGCCGUUCGCUGAGGACCUCCGCAGCUACCAGUUCCCUCCGCUGGACAAGGUACUCACCGUCACCGGCAACAUCAUCAAGGAACACCGACUUCUGCCAUCAGAAGAUUUGAAGCAGGCGAUGAGUGAUUUCGUCGAUGCCAUGGACCUUUCCGGUUUUGAUGUAGACGAGGACGGGAAACCGACCGAGUACGCACCAAUCGACGAGACGUAUAACCCGACCAUCCACCGCAUGAACCAGGCCAUCCGUGCGCGCGCCGUUGAUCCGGAUGCACCCAUCAAGCCACCAGCUGAGAUUCUGCUUCGUUUCUCCAAGCCGCCAGAGAAACUCAUUGAAAAGGCAAAGCCGGAGAUCGAAGCGCUGAUUGACGCGGCUGAGAUCAAGAAGGUCCCAGCCAAGGCCCAAGGGCGAGGCAGCCGCAAGGAGCCCGUCAAGCCCCUCUCCGGCCUCGACAUCGACUCGCUCCUCGGCGAAAGCAAGCGCACCACCAUCUCGCUCGACAACGCGGUGCCCGAGUUCAAGCAGAUCCUCGCGACGGCGGCGGACGACGCCACCAUCGAGAGCGCGGCGAAGCAGAUGGGCCAGAUCGUCCGCAAGCUCAUCCAGGACAGCUUCGCGGACCUGUUCUACGCCCGCGCCGCGGAGAACCUCCGCGUCAUGCGCGAGGAGCUCAUCAGCUUGGAGGUGCCGGGGUUGUACAACAAGUUCUUGACGGGGCUGAAGAAGAGCAUCCUGAGUGGGGAGCUGGAUGGUGAUCGCAGGGAGAUGUGGUUUAAGCAUAUUGUUGGCGGUCACCUCAGUCUCAUUACCCAGGAUGAGUCGGAGGUGUCCGAGGUCACGGCUGAGGAGGCCAAGGCUUUAUGUGCCUGGUCGCGGCCCAAUAUCACAUACCGCUAUUUUAGAGACACAGCCUGA